AUGAAAACUGUACGACGGAGUUUUCUUCUGAAUAUAAUUCUCUUUAUCUAUCUAUCUAUCUAUCUAUCUAUCUAUCAAAUUCUGUUCAUUGUCUAUCAUAUUCUGCUCAUUAUCUAUCUAAUUUUGUUCAUUAUCUAUCUAUCUAUCUAUCUAUCUAUCUAUCUAUCUAGUUCCCUUCAUUAUCUAUCUAUCUAUCUAUCUAUCUAUCUAUCUAUCUAUAUAUAUAUAUAUCUAUGUCCGUUCUACAAUUUCUUUUCCUUUCCUUUCUCCUUUUUUUAUUCUUUUUUCUUCUUCUUCUUUCUCCUCCUCCUCCUUUUAUUCUUCUUUUCCUUUCUUCUUUUUAUUUUUCUUUCACUUUUGAAUUAUUCUUCUUAUUUUUCUUUUUAUUUCUUGGUAUUCUUCUUUUCUCUCUUCCUCUUUUUCUUCUUUAUUCUUCUUCCCUUUCUCCUUUUUUUUUUUUAUUUAUUCUUCUUUUUCUUCUCCUUUUCCUUUUAUAUUCUUCUUUUUUCCUUUUUUUUUUUCUUUUAUUCUUCUUUUUUCUUCUUCUUUUUCUUCUUUCUCCUUUAUAAUUCUUUCUUAUUUUUUUCUUCUUUAUUUCCUCCUUUUUUUUCUUCUUCUUUCCUUUCUCCUGAUAUUCUUAUCUUCUUCUUCUUCUUCUCCUCCUCCUCCUUUUAUAUUCUUUUUCCUUUUUUAUAUUUUUUCUUCUUCUUCUUCUCCUUCUUCUCUUUCUUCUUUCUCCUUUUUUCUUUUAUUUUCUCCUUUCUCUUCCUUUUUUCUUUUUCUUUCUUCUUCUUCUUUCUUCUUUUUAUUCUUUUUUCUUCUUCUUCUUAUUUUAUAUUCUUCUUUUCUUCUCUUUUUUCUUUUUUUAAUUUCUUCUUCUCUCUCCUCCUUCCUUCUUAUUCUUCUUCUUUCUUUUCUAUUCUUCUUUUUCUUUUUCUUCUUUCUCUUCUCCUUCUUCUUUUUCUUUUCCUUUCUUCUUUAUAUUCUUAUAUAUUCUUUCUCUUUCUUCCUCUCUUUUUCUUCUUCUUUUCUUUUUAUAUUCUUUUAUUCUUCUUCUUCUUCUCCCCUCCUCUUCUUUUUAUUCUUCUUUCAUUUUCUCCUUUUUUAUUCUUCUUAUUCUUCUUCUUCUUUUUCUCUCCUCUUCCUCUUAUCUUCUUUUUUCUUUUCUUUUUUUUAUUUCUUUUCUUUCUUCUUCCUUUCUUCUCUUCUUCUUCUUUUUAA